AACGCGGAAGCAGUCAAACGCUCACUGCUGCACCACGCAUACGGAACAUCUAUCUGCACAGACUGGGGCGCGUUGAAAGAAGAGAAUGAAACUGUUUCUGAUGGGCUUCCAGAACACGGUAAAGAGAAACGCAGCAAGUCAAUUUUGCGUACUUAUGUAAUAUUUUGUUUUGGAAACAUGUCACCACAGACAAGGAAAUGUCCAUCUCGCCCGUGGCUCCGAACUUCCGUUGCGUGAUGAAAAAUAACGCUCGUGACCGCCGCCUGAAUCCAUGCCGUUCUGGCGAUGUGCAGCGCGCCACACAAAUUACGCGACGUCCUGCUCCACGGAUUUUUAACGGAUAUGAUUACCGGCAGACCAGAUUAAUUACCUCCACUGCUACAUACAUUAAUAAAGGUAACAACGCCACCCGACAAGAUGGCCGGCACGCAGCUGCGGAAGCGUCCAGUGCGGAGAGGGAGCUGGCCGCCUGCCGCUGCCUCCACGCUACGCUGGGGGCUCCUGACGGCCGAUGGUGUGGCAGCGCGCCGCCGCACACCGAGGAAGACAGCCGCACUGGCAAGUGCACGCGUCUCUCCCAAAUGGGGACGUGGGCGCACCGUGGCUGCAAGAAGAGCCCAUUACUCACCGCGACCAACCAGGCGCUGCAUCUGCAGCGCGACAAAUUGCUACACGUCUCCGAGUUGCUCGAACGACGGCCACAACCAGCAAUCACCGGAAGCUGUGGAGAUCACGCUGGGAGAAAACCAACGGAAACUGCUGUGCGGGAGUGGAAGAGAUAAACGUGAACUGAAGACGCGAUACUGUGACUCGCUAAAAACUGAAGCGUCAAUUCAAGGAAUGGCUUGGCUGGACAGUAAUUCGUACUACCAGGGAGUAUCUCUGGUUACGUAGGUGGGAGACAGCGUGUGGAGAGGAGUCUCACGUUGUUGAUCGCUACAGAAGAAACCUCGCUAACGUACGACAAAUGAGGUAAUAACACUUUAUCCCUGUAGUACCACUGAAACAAACUCACGAUAUCUCCGCGUCACCAACGAAAUGCACUAAAGCUCUUGUUGUGCCGCAGGAAGCAAUGCAUUUGACCGUAAAUCACAC